UCCUCCCCUCUCAUUCGGUCUCUGUCUCUCAGCUGCAGCAGCUCAGGGGAGGCAGCUUGAUGUACGUCUGCAUAACAAUUGCCACAGGUAAAGACAGCUGCAUCGUCGGAUGUUGCCAACCCCACAAGGGGGCUAGGGAGCCUAUGCUGCUGCGGUUGCAAGUUCUUAUCCCAGCACAGGGGGCACAUUUCCAAUCAUCUUCCGGAGAGCAUCCUGGAGGAAAGGACACGCAGAGGAUCCCAGCAACCCGACCAACAAAUCACAAGCUGACUUAAAAGAGCACAGGCUUUCAGGGACUGAGGAAAAAACACCACUCAGAGAGAGACAAGAGAGCAUCAGUGGGAUAUUUUUAAACAUUGCAGCCCCCCUGUUUGUGUUUUUUGUUCUUAUCUCUUGCUUUCUACUCUUUCUGUAUUAAUCAUUUCAUCCACUCCCGGCAUCUCAUCUUCUUCCUCUCUCAUUUUAUCCUUCUGUGGCGGAAUGUCCCCUGCAAAUAGAUGAGAAGAGGCUUUCUGAGCGGUUGCUGCAGUAUUAACGGACAGUGUACUGAGACAGCAGGGCGCUGAGCGGACAGCUUGGGUAAAUCUGAUCCAUAGCGGGCUGGAGACGGAGCAGGAUCACGCGUUGCAUGUUGCAGAUUUAUCCGCCCUGUGAUACCACUGUGCGACAACACCCCUCAUUCUUUUUUUUUUCUCUUGUCCUCCCUCUCUCUGUCCUCAUCUAAAGUGUUGCUUUGUGACUGGAUCAGGAGAAUUACUUGGAUUCUACUGCUUUAUUGUAAGCUUGACUGGGAUUUAGAGCACACAUAAAAAGGAAGAAAAGUGGGUUUGGAGCCAAAGAGAGAAAAAUAAAAAUAUAUCUUUAAAAAAAAGAGACGCUUUUUGAAAAGAAACGCGGAUAAUACAAGGAAAGUAUUCGAUGGAUGCAUCUCGCUCUCUUUCAGUUACGAAAGAGACCAAUUUAUGGAGCUGAGGGGACGCUGACUCUGCUAAAGCUGCAUUGGGAAACAUCUUUAUUUUUUGCGGUCCUGCACAAGGUGGGGGAGGCAACAAGACCCACCUUGCAAGUUUCCCUCCCCUCGUUAGGCAAUACUGUCCCAUCGUGGAUUCUGCUUGGAGGGGACACAUAUGCACGUUAAGUAGAAAGAGCUGUGGAUUUUUGCUGCAGUGACAUCUGAACACUGAUGCCACAGAUUAGAGGUGAAGCUGUUCCUUCCCACCCAUCUCUCCCUCCUGUCCCUCUUUCUCCUUGUUAGAACACUUCUUCUCCUCUGGCUUACCCUGCUCUGAACGUUCUUGAAGUUCCCUGUUACUUCAGUUGGACAUUGGGAGUUGUGCCGGACUAAACACGGACUAAUCGGGCGAUUAUCCCUCUACGCCACCUCUCCCAUUUUUCACUGGGUGUCCCUACGUCUGAAUGUGUGUGCUUGUGUGUUUGUGAUAGUGUGUCUGCAUGUAUCUGCACCCCUCCCUUUCUCUCUAUCCUUGGAUUACAUAUAUGUGUACGUGUUUUUGAACGGCCCAUUCCCUUGAGGUCCUUUAGUAUCCAUUUUACCACCUUUCCCUUUGUCUGUUCUCAUUGUUCGGCAUUGUCGGGAACCUUUCUGCCAUGUGCUACCGAUGCUUAUCACAGGGCUAACCCUCAAUGAGCCAUAAAGGACGGAAGGAAAGGAUGAGCGAGUGUUCUGGGGCAGCUGUUUCUGGGGCGGUCAUCCUGGAGGAACCUGAGGGUUCGGGGCCUUCAGGGGGUCGUGGUGAAGUCCAGGCCCAGGAUCAGGGUCCCCUUCGCUGUGCCGUUUGGCCUCGCCAACAGACAUGGCUGUGUGUGGUCCCCUUACUCAUUGGUUUCAUUGGCCUUGGAUUGAGCCUGAUGCUGCUGAAAUGGAUUGUUGUUGGUACAGUGCGGGAUUACGUGCCAACGGACCUGGUGGAUGCUAAUCGGAUAGGCCAGGAUCCUAUCUUCCUCUCCAAGCCAAGCGGGAUUCCCAAAAGUCCCGAUACUACAACCACCACAACUACUCCGACAGUUGAUGGCGGGAAUCCUACACCUCGAACUGGAACUUUUGCGAAAGGAAGAACUCGUUCCACUGCUACUACCACGACUAUGAACCCAAGAGGGGGUGGAGCCUCGGGCAGCCAAGUAACCCCUCGGAAUCCUGUAAAUCGUAAUGGACGAGGACCAUCGGGUUUUACUACCACUGCAGUGCCACGGACAACCUUCAUAAUUGGAGCAGCAACAUCCAGCCCCUCACCGUCUAAUCCAACUGUACUCCAUGACUCUACGCAGACGUGGACCGUGGAACAUACUACUACAGAGACGGUCUCCACCACGCUCACCACGCGUACGCACGGCCACCGCAAGACACCGUCUCCAACUGUCCCUCCGCUGCACUCGGAGCAUUUUAAACCCUGUCAUGAGAAGGACCUGGCCUACUGCUUGAACGGGGGCGAAUGCUUCGUCAUCGAGACGCUUAGUGGGCCUCACAAGCACUGCAAGUGUCGAGAAGGCUACCAGGGAAUCCGCUGUGACCAGUUCCUCCCCAAGACAGACUCCAUCCUGUCUGACCCAAUUGACCACUUGGGCAUCGAGUUUAUGGAAAGCAAAGAGGUGUACAAGAGACAGGUGCUGUCAAUCACGUCCAUCGCUAUGGCAAUCAGCCUCCUGGGAACCCUGUGCAUGGCCCUCUACUGCCGCAACAAGAGGCGCAGAGAGAAGCUCCAGGCACACCUUAAGGAGAGUCGCACUCUGAAAAACUACACCGCUAAUUCCCACAAUGCCCUGGAUGCCAAGAUGAGGGCCCCGAGCACAAACCUGCAAACGCAUGAGUACUGCAAACGCUCCUCCCAGUCUCGCCAGGGAAACAUUUGUGCGUCCAGCUUUGCACACUGCAACAUCUCCACUACGCCGUCCGCCGGCUCCAGAGGCACAGCAAAGCAUCACAGAAGUGCUUCCUUGUCUCACAGCCCGGAUCAGAGUACCCGGGCAGCCCAUUGGUCAGCUCCACGCAGGACCCCGCCCAUACCCAGGGGAAGGCUAAAUCCGAUUGGAGGAUCCAAGUAUUCAGGCCCCGCCUACAAACACCUUCAGGAAGUGGACUCAUCUGAGAGGGAGGCUGAAGCACAAAGAGGUUGCCAAAUGCAGGUCGCGAGCCAACCAACCGGACAGGACGCCUUCCUGCAUAUGCAAACACCCGUUUCCAUGGAGACAGCGUCGCCGUUGCCUUGGAGCGCGGGCCGCGUGGAGGUGGCGCGUUCCGUCCCGUGCGCCCCGUCCGAGCACAACAACCCGAACCCCGCCCCCCGCAGCCUGCGCAGACCCGGACGCCGUCACUGCCACUCCCCCACUCCGCCGUUCCGCUCCAGCUCCAUCCCGAUCAUCCCCUCCGUCCAGUGUCACCACGACAACGAGGUGUCCUGUAUGCAAACCAGUGUGGCGCCGGCCAACGCGGCGGCCAUGUCGGCCACGUGCGGCGCCGGGCCCCGCAAGGAAGCCAGGAGAGAGAAGGCAGCGGGUUCUUCUUCUUCCUGCUCGUCCGCCAUUGGUCAGCAGCGGGAUGAGGUGGCGCUGCUGCUGGAGGAGGCGCAGGAGCACCUCAGGGCGCUGGCGUUGGCUCACAGGAAGCAGGGAGAAGGCGGGAUCAGCGGCGGCGGCGGCGGAUCGGCGGCUGCGCUGGUGGAGGCCAGAGAGACUGUUUGCUUCCUGAACCUUAACGGAGGAAGCGCUGGGGCGCUGAGCUGUACCGGGCCCACGCAGACCCAGCUACUCAGCCCCAGCCUAUCACACAGAGACCUGGGCCAAACGAGCCAAUGAAAGGACACGAUUUAGGACAUUGACUUUCGACAGUUCGACAGUGUUUGACAGACUACAACACACCAUCCCGCGUCUGUGGGACAGGAAUGGAAAUGCCGAACUUAAAAAACUUAAAAAUUUAUGUCAUGGAAAUUCUGAAAAUGUGCUGAUGAUAUGCAUACUGUAUGGAUACUAACAUACAAAGACUUCUUGAGAGGCCGCCUUUACACCGACUGACAGUAUGGAAAAAGAGAAGAAAAAAAAUAUUUACAUGCAUUUAUUUACAAAACAAGAGAAACACUUCUACUUAGGCAAAAAGAAACCAAAUAGUCUGUCAACUCCAUGGUGUUUUUAAUUGUAAAAAGAAUAUAUGAAUAUAUAUAUAUAUAAAUAUAUAUGGAUAUAAAUAUACGGAAUUCAAAAAGUGACCAAGUACAAAGUUGAAGAACACAGGAAUGAUGUAACUAUUUUUCUUUCUUUUUUUUUCUUCUCCCUUGUUGUGUAUUAACUGUCACGUUUUGGUUCGGGCUCAAUUCUGAUGUAAAAACGUCGUUUACGUCGCGCCGCACACCCGCGAGACGUGAGUCGGAUUGUGUGAACCUGCACAGAAUCAAAAAUGUGCAACAAAGAUGGAGCCUCCGCACCUACCCCCCCAAUCCCCCACCCGGCCAAUUCCCCACCCCCCCGGGGCUUUUGAAAACCUGUGUACUCAACCACGAAUUACAGUACAGCCCUCUGUGGUUACCGACAACACCACGAAAAACUAAAACUCCCCGCAGUGUUCGUGCGUGCGUGCGUGCGUGCGUGCGUGCGUGCGUGCGUGCGUGCGUGCGUGCGUGCGUGCGUGCGUGCACCGAGGAAAGAGAAGAAGAAAAAGACGGAAACAACGUCUUCUACAGUUGGUCAGAUUCGGGAGGGCAUCAUUUUAAAGACAGCACAGAUGCUGACUCCCCAUUCGGCCAGUGUUUCAAACCAAUCCAGAUUAUUUUUGUUUUUGUUACAAAUUAUAUCUAUACACACACACACACACACACACACACACACACACACAUAUGCGCACACAUGCUCACUUGUGCAUUAUUUUUUAGUUGGCCAGAUAAAAGGACAAAAGGACAAAGGAAGGACACAGGGCUAAAGGGGCACCACAGGAGCUAAUCUGACUUAUUUUUUUAUUUUUCAUUUUUGGUUAUCAAUGGACAAUGCUGCUUUCUGGGGCUGAUGGGAGGGAGUACCACAGGGUUUGGGUAUUGAAACAAAUAAAUGUCUCUAUGUUGUAUCCUAUGAAUUGGACGCUUUUGAAUCUCUGUAUGAACUUACAGCUGAAUGUCUCUGGUGACAAAAAGUAAAAAAUGGUUGCAAUUCUGGUAAAGAUUUUUCAAAAUAACAGUUGUUUUUGGUUGAUUGAAGACAUUUUGACUCCUCAAAAGGCCCCUGUCCAAACGUGCAUGCUGGAUAACAUUGGUCAGCUUUGCAUCGAUACACUGGACAGGCUUGAGACCAAUAUUCACAAAGUUUCCCAUCAAAGUACCUGGUAGUACCCUCUUUUCACCUAGAAUUGAGUUUUAAAUGAAUUCUUGAUACAUACGUACAUGUCAAAAUAUCCAAAACACAAAUGUUUCCAAUCCCGAUAACUUUAUAUCUCUAGCUGUUAUGAGUCCUGUGAGACAGGUUCAGAUUUCAUUAGUAAACAGCGUCUCUUACUUUUAUUCCAGCAUCAUUUUUGUAAGAGCAGCUGUCUCCUGCAAAUAUGUUUGAUAAUGUCAUUUUUAACUGAAAAAUCACAGAAAGGACAACUUGUCACUAAGGAAUUCAACCAAUGGGAGGGGGGGAGAAAACAAGGACUUUAUUUUCCAGGCAGAAAAAUGCAACAUGUCAAUGGGGAUGUUUUGGAAUCCAUUUAAGUCCUUGCAACUAAAUUGGAAACUAAAUGAACGGAAAUUCCUUUGAAAAAAAAGCUGUUUGAUUUGGAAAAACAAGCCGACUUCAUUAUAAUAGUAAAGUAAAAAAUGUGAGCAAUGGGCACAAGUAGCAUCAAUCUUCUGUUUAACAGUGUUUCUGUCUCCAUUGGAAUCACUGAAAAAGUGUCCAUGCAGGGUGGCUUUAAAGGUUAACUCUUGGACAUCUCUUUAAAAGAACAAAAAUCAGAGUGACUUUGACAUUUUAUGUUUUAAAUGUAAACUAAAUCUCACAUUGAACACUAAGAGCUGUUGCCCUUCAAGCUUUGUGAAUGUGGCCUCCUGUCAACAAACUGCUUCCAACCAUCUUCUUUCUGGACUCAACACGGUCCUUUUCCCACGUGUGUGACCCACCAUCCGGUUUCAGAAAGGUCGGAUUCGUGCCACACUCUGGAUAAGUUCACAGUACCUGAGAAUGCACACUCUCUCAACCCGUUCUCAUCAAAUCCCUCACAGAGGCAGAUCCUCGUUAACACCCCCCACUCAGCUGCCGUCGUCUUUAUAUAGACGCUUCAGUCGUUAAAUCUUAUUCAACACACAUUAGCACGCACCAAUCAGCCCAGCCUUCUUUCUUUCUUUCUUUUUUCUUAAAAAGUGAGUUUGCCAUGCUGCCAUUUAACCCCUUAAAGAAGCCUUUUUAUACAUCAAAUUGUUGAACCUCAGCAGUUUGGGUUAUUUGAUACCGAUGUCCAUGGAAACCCUUGUGUCCUCACCAGAACAGACACUGGGGACUUGUGGAGCUUGAUGUGCUUCUGUGCACGGACACACAGUGCAAAAAAAAA